AUGUAUGUAACGAAAUUACGACAGAAAGCGGAACAUUGUGAAUUCAGUGAUAAGGAUGGUGAAAUUAAAAGUCAGAUAAUACAAGGAUGCGUAUCAAAGAAAUUAAGAAUUAAGUGCUUAGAAGAAGAAAAGGAAUUGAAAGACAUCCUAAUUUUAGCAAGAAGUAUGGAAAUGGCGGAAAAACAAGCAUACGCAAUGGACAGACAUGACAGUCUUCCGGUAAACAAAAUUAAGAAACAUCCUUCCCAGCGACGAAAGCCUGAAAUCCUGCUAUCAGAAAGAAAUACAGAAGUUUAUGAAACCGCCGUGGAGCUUGAAAUUGUACCAGUCAUACAGACUAUAUCUAGUAAAAAUGAGAAGUAUUCAGACUUAUAUGACAAAUACAAACCAGUGUUCAAUGGGCUAGGAAAAUUAAAGGAUAAGCAAAUCAAAUUCCAUAUAGACGAAAGUGUAAUACCUACUGCCCAGCCAGCUAGACGCAUUCCGUUUCACGUCCGUGAUAAAGUUGCACAGGAGCUCGAGAAACUUGAAAAACUUGAUGUAAUUGAAAAAGCCACAGGUGCGACACCCUGGGUCUCGAACUUGGUCGUUGCUCCGAAACCCAAGUCUCCGAAUGAUGUCAGAAUUUGUGUAGAUAUGAGAAAAGCGAAUCUAGCAUUAAAGCGUGAAAGACAUGUCGUGCCUACAGUGGAUAACAUAGUAAUGGAACUAAAUGGCUCCACCGUGUUUUCAAAGGUGGACCUUUACAAAGGGUUCCAUCAGCUCGAACUUUCCGAGGAAUCAAGAAACAUGACCGUGUUCGCAAGCCAUGUUGGACUUUGGAGGUACAAACGGCUAAAUUUCGGUGUAAGUGUAGCCCCAGAAAUUUUCCAAAAUGAAAUACGGCAAGUGAUAAAUGGAUUAAAUGGUGUGCUGAACAUUUCAGAUGACAUAAUCAUUCAUGGGAAAACGCAAAACAGAUCAUGA